UGUGCUAACACUUCAAUUGCAGAGCGCUUGAUUUCUCAAAGCUCUGAUCGACAAUUUCAUUUGUUCUUUCAACCAUGAGUGCAGGUGCCAGCUCCAGUAGCAACAUCGUCUUCCUUGAAAACAGGACAAAGGAGCGACGGGAAGACAGAAGAUCCGGCGAAAUCACCAUUUUACUUCAUGCGAGAUCACUGAUUGAAAGUUCUGGUGCCGGACAAGAAUGCUGGAACCUUAGUCAUAGGGAAACAACAAGCAGCGUUGGGAACAUUGAAACGGCGGAACUUAAGAAAACCCAUCGCUUCCAUGUGAAAGGAGCUAUUAGUAUGCGGGAGCUGACACCAGGAGUUCUAUAUGAAGUUGUAUAUGAAAUUAAACUGAAACGUGGGGGAUGUGGGUGGGAACACCCAGUUACACUGACGCUAUCAGUCCCAGGUGAAAGAGCCAGAAGUCGCCGAGUAAACUUUUAUGAGCUGCCCAAAGGAGAGUGGAUAGAGGUGAAAGUUGGCGAAUUCAAAACAAGGCCUGGAGAAACCAGACAAGUGAGCUUCGAACUUCUCCAAGAUGAAGCACAUGAUAAAAAGGGGCUCGUUCUUAAAAGCGCAAUUGUCAGGCCAAAAACCUGACUCCACCCUUGUGAUAAAUGAGCUGCAUAGUGUAAAUUUUUUUGUUUGUGAGGCACCUGAUGGAUGCCUGUUUUGGGGAUUAGCAGAUAUUGAAAAAAACAAAAAAAAUAAAAAACAAAAAAAUAAAAAAAAUAAAAAAGAAAAGAACAAAAAAUAAAGAAUAAAUUUUGUUGGAAUGAAGAGGCUAAAAUACAGGUAGAUUAUUCUUA